CCCGCUACCUGUUUUGAUUCGUUUAAGAUCGAACGUUAGAAAGCUGAGGCGAGUGUUUUUGGAUCGUUUGUUUACUCUGACUAGUUUAUAAGAUUGACUGGCUCAGAAAAAAAUGAUUUCUAAGAAUUUGGAGAUGGAAAUGGACGAUGGAUGUAAUGAAGAAGUUAAAGUUGGCAAAGAUAAAGGUUAUAGAAAGGCUAAACAUGACAUGUACGCUGAAGAAGUUAAAUUUAGGCGUAUCAAGAGAAUUCUUUUAUCUAUCACAAAGCCUUCAUAUACUCUAAGGUUGGGCGGUGAAAAUGUUCGAGCUGAGCACCGAAAUCGACUGCAAUAUCUUCUGUGCAUGCUCGUACGUAGGCACAAUUGGGAAGAAGCGAGUGGCGUGCUGAGUGUUCUUCUAAAAGCAACAGUAGGCAACAAAUCACCAAUAAAGAAUCGCAUAAAGUAUGGGGUUGCAUUAGAAAUUCUCAAGCAUGCAAGAAGUGAUGUUAAAGCAACUAAAUUCCGGCACAUAUUUGAAAUUUGGAUGAAAAAGAUUGGGUCAAUGAAUAUGUGGCCAACAAAGGAUAGGUAUGUGGUUCAAUCGGAAUAUAUUAUUUUCUGUCUAAGACAAGGGAAUCUCGAUGGUGCAUAUCAGGCUGCAUUGAGUCUGAUGCAAGAACGCCAAUUUUCAAAUGAUCCAAUGUCGAACUUAGUUGUGGGUCUGACAUUCUACCAGUUAUGGUAUUCAAGUAUCCCAGAGGAUUUGCAGUUGCAAGAUAUUGAUGAAUCACAUGUGUCUCUGGAGUCAGAGAUCUCAAGAUCAUAUGCUAAUACACUAUUUGAGAAUUCCGAAGGACAGUGUGUGGUAGAUGAGCAUGAAGCUAGUCACACCUCGGACUUAGACUCAGACACAUCUGUUAGAAUUGACAAAGUCAGUUCUCAUGCUCAUAGUGUGAAUGACAGUAAAGGUUCCAUGGAGGUUGAUGGAUCUCAAGGAGAAAUGACACCCAAAAAAUUUCAGUCACAAGGACUUUACAUGCAGUCUGACGAUGAUGAUGAUAAUAGCAGUCAGAAAGACCACUCUUUUGAUAAUCAUGCUGAUUAUAUGGAAUAUGUAUCAAUUCUUCAUUCCCGUGGUUUAAAUACAUGGCUUCUUCCACUGAGGAUGUUGAAUUCUAGUGGUAAUUUAGUGGAUUUCAAUCACUUACAUAAGGAACUGACAAAUGAUCACUACAAGAGUGCAAUCAAGCAUUUACGGCUUGCUUUAUGUAUGACACCUCCAGUUAAGGAGGCAUUACUUCCUUUGGUACAGUUGUUGUUACUUGGUAAUCGCGUUCACGAGGCCAUGGAUGAGCUAGAGAAGUUCGGUGAUCUUUCAGAUUCAACACUCUUACUAAGAUUGAAAGCAAGUCUUCUGGAAUCAUUUGAUAGAGACAGUUAUAGCAAAAUGGUAGCUUGCUAUGAAGAAACGUUGAAGAAGGAUCCAACAUGCUCUCAUUCAUUAUCGAAGCUCAUCAGCAUGCAUCAUAAUGGAGAGUAUGGUCCUGAAGAACUUGUAGAAAUGAUAGGUCUUCAUUUAGAUGGUACAUAUGCAGAAAGUAGUAUGUGGCAUGAGUUUGCUAGUUGUUUCCUGAAGCUUUCUGUAACUGAAGAGGACCGAAUGUCAGUGUGCAUAGAUGAAACUGGAAAUAAUACGGCCAGGCAUGGAUACUCAGUUCGUUUCAAUAGGGUCCCCAAAAUGUUUAUCGAGGGGGGAUCUGGAAAAUCCUGGGCGUUUCGUUGUAGAUGGUGGUUGUCAAGGCAUUUCAGUCCAAACACCUUUAGCUUAGAAACAACAGCAGGUGAAUUGCAACUGGUGAGUUACAAGGCAGCUGUUGCAUCUCAUAUAUAUGGACAUGCAUUUGAAUAUGUUUCCAAUGCUUGCAAAUUCUUGCAAGAAAACGAUACGGAUUUGUUCUUAUUCUUGCGAAUGCACAUGCUAAACUCUGUUCCAUUCUAUGAUAGGAAUAAACGUCUAUAAUCCUUCUCUUUUGGCUACAUUUUUGGGUGGUUAUAGGUUAAAAAAGGGUGCUAGUUUAUAAUUAAAUGUAUGUAUAUUAUUACUCUUCCAAGGAAGACUUCAUUCAUUUUUUGAAUAGAGGGAAGAUUCAUUUUAGUCCU